UCCUUCCCUCCACACUCCAUAACUCAAUUAUUAUUACCUCCAAACUUUCAAAACCCUCUCCAGAGCUCAGUGAGAAAACAACAACAUGUUGAAGGAAGAGAGCAAAGGCGCCGCGGCCGCGAACAGCUGGGCACGUGUUUGCGACACGUGCCGCUCCGCGCCCUGCACGGUCUAUUGCCGUGCAGACUCGGCGUACUUAUGUUCCGACUGCGACGCCACAAUCCACGCGGCCAACCGCGUGGCUUCCCGCCACGAGCGCGUGUGGGUCUGCGAGGCGUGCGAGCGUGCGCCGGCCGCCUUUCUCUGUAAGGCCGACGCAGCCUCGCUCUGCACGGCCUGUGACGCAGACAUCCACUCCGCCAACCCUUUGGCCCGUCGCCACCAGCGCGUCCCCAUACUCCCCAUCUCCGGCUUCCUCCACGGACCAACGGCCACGGACCCCGGCGGUCAGAUAAUGGUUGGGGCUGCUCCGGCGGAUACCACCGAGGACGGGUUCCUGAGCCAGGAAGGAGAUGAGGCCAUGGAGGAAGAAGAUGAAGAUGAGGCUGCGUCCUGGCUGCUGCUGAAUCCGGUGAAGAACAGCAACGGCAACCAUAACAGUAACAACAUUCCAAAUAAUAACAACAACGGAUUCUUCUUCGGAGUGGAGGUUGAUGAGUACUUGGAUUUUGUGGAGUACAACUCAUCUGAUCAGAACCAGCUCAGUACGACUACUGCUAGUACUGACCAGCAUAGCCAGUAUGGUGUGCCGCACAAGAUCAGUUAUGGAGGUGAUAGUGUUGUACCAGUUCAGUAUGGAGAAGGUAAAGUAAACCAGAUGCAGAUGCAGCAGAAGCAUAAUUUUCAUCAGUUGGGGAUGGAAUAUGAGUCCUCAAAAGCUGCUUAUGGUUAUGAUGGUUCAAUUUCUCACACUGUUUCUGUUUCAUCCAUGGAUGUUGGUGUUGUACCAGACUCAACAAUGAGCGAUAUGUCAAUCUCUCACCCAAGAACACCGAAAGGAACAAUAGACCUUUUCAAUGGACCUACAAUUCAGAUGCCAACCCAACUAAGUCCAAUGGACAGGGAGGCCAGGGUCCUCAGAUACAGAGAGAAAAAGAAGACAAGGAAGUUUGAGAAAACAAUCCGGUAUGCCUCAAGGAAGGCCUAUGCAGAGACCAGACCCCGGAUCAAGGGCAGGUUUGCAAAGCGAACAGACAUCGACGUUGAAGUGGAUCAGAUGUUCUCCACAUCACUCAUGGGAGAAACUGGAUACGGCAUUGUCCCUUCGUACUAAAACGUGUGACAAGCAGCAGAAGGAGACCUCCUUCAGAUAACUAAAAUUGCACUGGUUUUUAGAUAUUAUUAAAGACCUGCUACUGAUACUGGUAUCUUUUCCAUUUUAAAUGAGAUGUAUGGAUGGUAAUUUUGUAUAUUGUGGCAUCUUCAUGCCAUUACUAUGUUGUAAAUGUAAAUUUCUAUUAGUUCAAAGUUCAACCUUUUGCCGCAACCACAA